UUUUCGUUGGCUCUCGAGGAAGUCCUCAGAAUCUAGGCAAUAUCAACAAUCUGCAUGAAGCGUGUAUCGGGCGAAUUCGGACGUCAUCAGCGAGCGAAGAGAUACCGAAUUCAAAUCAGUCUUUCGCCUGCCUCCGACGAGAGAGCACGUUCAUUUGACAUAUAGUUUGCAUUAGCGUUUUUUUGUGUUAAGUGCAUCGUGUGUUAUUUGUGUUAUUGUGAUCAGAAUCGAUAAAAUGGAUGAAAAAACGAAAUUCGGUACAAUGACUUAAGCGAUAGCAAAAAAAAAAGAACAGUUUCUCUUAUUGAUAAACGUAUCUGUGAUUUGUAACAUUCAAACGAUCUCUGAAUUAUUAUUAUUAAGAAUUUUUUUCAAAAGUGUUAGUGUUCCAUAAAAAUGCCGGCCAUUUUGUCGAAAAUUCGCGAACAAGCAACGCGGGUGCAGCCUUCGCUCGCACUCGGCGUGGGCGUAGGGGUGGCGCUAGCCGCGUGCGCCGUUUAUUCAACAAGAGAAAAGAAACAACCCCCACCAUGCAACAAUAACAAUAAUUAUAAGAUCUUGAAGAACGGUAAUAUUCACACGGAAGAUAAUGUCAAGACGAACGAAACUUGUGGGGGGAGGUGCGGGGCGGAGCAGUGUGCCCUCUGCAGGGGGGAAGUCGACACCGACAACAAACAGAAUAUCGAAGACGCUGACGAAACCCAAUCAAUCGAGGAGCACGUCCCGGGUCUCAACCUCGAAUUCCUCAGGCAGCUGAUCUCACUCGCGAGGAUCAUGGUCCCAGGGUUCAGGAGCCACGAAGUAGCUCUACUUACAGCUCAUACUCUAUGCUUAUUUUCGAGGACCUUUCUAUCGAUCUACGUCGCUUCCUUGGAAGGGUCCAUUGUGAAGCACAUAGUCCAAAAAGACAUGCGCAGUUUCUCGUCGUUGCUGAUGCAGUGGUUCGGCAUUGCCAUACCGGCUACCUUCAUCAACUCCAUGAUCAGAUACCUCGAGAGCCGAUUGGCCCUGGCCUUCAGAACCAGACUGGUCAAUCACGCUUACGAGUUGUACUUCAAAAACCAGACUUACUAUAGGGUCGCUAACUUGGACGCUAGGAUCGAAAACGCUGAUCACAGGUUGACGGAAGAUGUCUCCGUGUUCACGCAGUCCGUGGCGCAUCUCUACAGUUCGCUCACAAAACCUUGCUUCGAUUUGUUGCUGAUUGUCCUCACUCUAGCUUCGUACUCCAACAAGAUGAAAGGAAACAUAUUCAUUGGUCCCGGGAUAGCAACGGUGGUGAUAUGCGCGACCGGACAAGUCCUUCGUAUGCUCAGUCCGAGGUUUGGCGCUUUGGCCGGGGAGGAGGCGAGGAUGCGCGCUAACCUGCGCCAUGUCCACGCCAGUCUCAUCGCGCACGCUGAAGAAGUCGCCUUCUACGGAGGGCAUAAGGUGGAACUAGGACAGCUGCAGUCCGCGUACAAACAGCUGGUCGCGCAAAUGACUUCGGUGUUCAACAAGAAACUGUGGUACGUGAUGCUGGAGCAAUUCUGCAUGAAGUAUCUGUGGUCCGGCACCGGAAUGGUCAUGCUGGCGCUGCCCAUACUCACGGGGACUAAGGAAGGAGGUGAAAGCAACAGUAUCAGCGCGAGAACAGAGUACAUGACCACGUCCAGGAACCUGCUGAAUUCGGCUGCGGACGCCAUCGAGAGGCUCAUGUCCAGUUAUAAGGAGGUGGUGACGUUGGCGGGGUACGCCACGCGCGUGUCCGACAUGCUGCUGGUUUUCGGCGAGGUGGCGCGCGGCCGCUGCGUGCGCGCCGUGCACGUGGCGCCGCCGCACCAAGCCUUCCAGGUCACCUUCCGGGACAACCAGCCCGUGCCGCAAGGCAAAGUGAUGUACACGGACGACUUGUCGAUAAAGCUUCGCAACGUUCCGAUAGUGACCCCGGCCUGCGACGUGGUGGCCGCCGGCGUGACCCUGGACAUCGCGCCGGGGACGCAUCUCCUCAUCGUUGGACCCAACGGAUGUGGGAAGUCCAGCUUAUUCCGAAUAAUCUCCGGACUGUGGCCGGUGUUCGGCGGCGAGCUGUCGGUGCCGCGGCCCUGCGCGUGCGGCCACUGCGCCGACGAGACCAACACCAGCGACGCCUGCGCCUCGCGCCCCAUCAUGUUCUACAUACCGCAAAGACCGUACAUGUCGGCGGGCUCGCUGCUGGACCAGGUGACGUACCCGUCGCGCGCGGCGCCGGACGACGCGGCGGCGGAGGAGCGCGCGCGGCGCAUCCUGCGCGCGGUGCGGCUGCACGCGGCGGCGGCGCGGCUGGGCGGGCUGCGGGCCGUGCGCGACUGGCGCGCCACGCUCUCCGGCGGCGAGAAGCAGCGCCUCGCCAUGGCCAGGAUGUUCUACCACAGGCCGGUGUACGCCCUGCUGGACGAGUGCACGAGCGCUGUCUCCAUGGAGACGGAGGUCGUCAUGUAUGAGGAGGCUGUCAAGGAGGGCAUCACGCUACUCUCAAUCACGCACCGACCGAGCGUGUGGAAGUACCACACGCACGUUUUGGAGUUCGACGGCGCCGGUAACUGGUCGUUCCGGAAGCUGGACAAGGAGAGCACGGUCUCCAGCCCCGCCAUCAACAGCGCCGCGACCAGCACGCCAGCGGAGCCCCCCGCCGAACACUAGCCAAGUCUCGACAAGCAUUUGACAGGAACGAUCACAAAAUGGCGCGGUUUUGUUUUUCAAAAUGGCGACUGACGUUUCUCGGAAGCGUGGACGUGAAUCAACGCAAUUUAAAAUUAUCGAUUAUCGAGAUCUAAUUGAAAUUAAAAUUAUACGAAAUAGAGGAGAAGAGGGUACAUUAAAAUGUUUUGAGGUGAAGCUGUUGAAAUGCCGUAAAAUCGUUUCUUUCUGAAUCAUCAGGAAAUCGGGACGAACUUGAAAGUUGUUGUACUAUGUUUUGACUUAUUGACAGUGUCCAAAACAGCACACGGUAGAACUGUUCAAUAGCAGCACCCUUUUUUAAUGUACGGUUAGAACAUUCCAGAAUGCUGUAGAUAAGACUCUUGGCUAUACGUCAUUAGACCAGAGUGGUUAAAGAACGCGAAGGAGUGAAGCACACAGGAGGCAUAAUGAAUUAAAUACUUAAAAACUUUAGUUGAUUUUAAACCUUAUCUCGAUAAGUUUAGGUGCAUUUUCCUUUGAGGAACUAUUUUACUUAUACACAUUUUGUACUCAACGUACGAAUACUAGAUAAGGUCGUCAUGUUUGUUCUAUUAUUAACGAAGUUAUACAAUUUUGAACAUUACACCGGUAUGUUUGAAGUAUAAUUUUGAAUGUACGCAUACCGGAGGAGUAUAUGGAAGCUUAAAACGUCCCGAAUUUUGCGUAUCACAGUAAUUUAAUAAAUGUUUAGAGAUUUGUAAUGAAAGAUGUAAUAAAUGUAAGUAUAGAUGUAAAUAUAUAAAAAAAACUUAAAUUUAUGCUUAUGAAAAUAAUAUGUAUUUAAUGAACAAUAACUUGAUUAUGUGUUGUUUUUAGUGAUUCUGAUUAAGUGAUAAUUUAGAGAUUAAAUAUGACAUUCGUAAAAGCUAUUAAACUAACGAAUAUAUUAUAUAAAAAACAUACUGUACUGAAGCAGCCAUGGUAUUGCAAAAACAGAUAAUAUUUACAGUACAACGGCUGUCCUGUACCCUUCAAACCUUACUGCUUCUUAGAAAUAGGCAGGGUGACGGUACCUACCCGUGUAGGCUCGUAAAAUGCCCUUCCACUAGUAAAAGUGUUAUAAAUCAGCAGUUCCUAACCUGAAUACGAGAUUACAACACCCUAUAUAAAACUAAUGGCGUAAAUCCGCAUAUCUUUACUUUUGGUUUUCAAUUAAUGUUAAGAAAGUCAACUCCUGUCCCAUGAUAAUAAUUUAAGCGUGAAAUUACAAAGUGUAUAGAAAGAAUAAAUCAAGAAAUAAAUCAAGGAAUUCCAGAUAUUGUUAUUACACAGUGUGUAGCAAAAAACUCAGCAGUGUGCUUGGAACGUUUGCCUACGUCUGCCGCUAGGGGCGUUGUUCCAACAUACAAAUUCGAGUUAACUUUUACGCUAUCGAGAACGUUAAAAGACUCGCACUAAGCACUGGUCCGGUUAAAUUUUGAAGUUGUUACUUUAAAAAACUUGAACGUCAAAUCGAUAUGUUUUAUAGCUUAGGGAUGUAGAUACAUUAUGUCGAAUUUAAUCAAAAUAACUUUAUAAAAUCAAUGAAAAAUAAAAAUACAUUUAAAAGAUUCUCAAUAACUAAAUAAAAUAAGAUGUUCUAAGUGAGUUGACUUGAAAUUUGGAAUUAAAUGUCAUAUUUUAAUAUUUUGAAAAGCGCGGUAGUAGGUAUCAGUGGCCUAGCGCCGCGCGAGGUCAUUCACCUCCAGUUGUACGUAACUUUUAUUGUGAUCUUGUUCUACUUAAAUAUUUUUUCUUAAUCAAAGGCAAAGGGUUUAUGUGAGUAUGACUAUGACAUGUAUGAUACCG